CAUGAAGUUCGGCGUCACAGGAAGAGAUAUUACUGACAAGAGGAAAUUCAUGAGUAAUAAGAAAAAGAGCAACUUUUUGGAAAGAUUUAAGGGCCGUACAGUUCAAAUGAGCACAGAUGGGCAUAUAGGGAUUGUCAAAAAUACCCAUUCUCCUAUUAAACCAACUCAUGAAAAUACAAUGAAAAUGUACAAUAAUCAAAAUAUGAGUCAGAUGAAAUCAAUCUCCAAGCCAUUCUUCCUUCCAAAAGGUGGAAACAGCAAUACGAUUAACGCAUUUUCUCCCAUGAAGAGAUCAAAUUCUCUUUCAGAAGAAUCUCCUCAAAUCAAUAACAAUAGAUAUUCCACCUUCAAGCAAAAUUAUAACCAAGUUGAAAGAGCAUUUGGAAAUGGCCAUAAAUAAAUUAGAACAUAAAAGAUCCCUUGCAAAUGCUGGAGGCCAGAUCAUGAGUGCAAGCACUAGUUCUUUGCAUGAAUAUCCUAAGAUGCAUUCCAGCAAGUCUACCGUAGCUGAAGAUACGAUGAAAAAUUCGGCUCUGAGCUAUAAAAAGGAGAUAUAUGCACCUAAUUCAAGUAAGAGCAACCCAAGUUCCUUCAAUGACUUAAGAAACCCAAACAAUCGGUCGAUGGGAAAGGAUCAUUUAGAUUCUCAUAAAAAUAGUUUCAAUUUAUCCAAAACUGGAAGUGUUCAACCAUGUUCUAAGAAAGAAAUAAACGCAUUUUAAGCAGAAGCCAAGAGGACCUUUCCCAGUCAAGGAAUUUAUCAAUAGUGGAAAUAGCAAUGGAUUUACAUCAGUCUCAACUCCUAUGAAUAUGAAAGGAAAAAGUUCUAAUACCUCUAAAAAUCUUAAUUAUAAGAAUCAUAAAGAUCAGAUAGAUGCUGAAUUAACUAUCUUACGAAGAUCUAUCCAAAACAGCAGGCAGUCAUUCUCUGAUCUAUGUCAAACCCACAAACCAGAACACCUAAACCUCACCAGAAAGAGAAACUCAAUCGGAUUCCCCGGCCAAGACCCCCAAAAUACCCCUUUCUCUAGCACAAUGCCCCAAAAAAUCCCCUACCCGAACCCAAGAAUCCCCCUUCAAAACCAAAACUCCACUUAAAAACUAACCUAUCUUCAUCAUAACACCC